AAUAUACUAUAUAUAAUAUCGAAAAUCGAAUAAAAAUAAUGGCACAAAAUACGCGAAACUCCGAUCUAUCGCAGAUAGCGGUGAAUGCAAACAAUAUACCGGAUGACAGUGUGGAUUGUGGAAUCAAAGGACUGGGCUGGUGUCGUGGUCCAGGAUGCCAGAAGUAUGCACGCUUAAGGACAUUCAUUUUGGUAUUGUCCCUAACGGGAAUUCUACAGGGUGCCUGCGAGUCAUAUUUCCGGGUGUCGGCCAAACAGGCAGCCUUUCAAUUUGGCUACAAUCCGUUGAUAGUUGAUUGGCUAUUGGUUAGCAGUGGGAUAUUUCAGGCUGUCUUUGCCUUGGUCUUUGCCUUUUGGGCCGAAGUCUUUCAUCCCAUUAAGUGGUUGGUGGGAACAUUGAUGUUGCAGUCGGUCACCUGUGUGAUAGCCAUGAUACCAUCCAUUAUGAAUUUUGCUGAUGGAUCCAAGGAGGCUAAAAAUGCUUUGGUAGAUGCCAAUGUUUGUGCCACAUCUUUUGCUCAGUUCCAACGUCUGACCAUGACAGAGGAGCAGGCCAGUACGAUUAUUCUGGUGAUGCUUUUCGUCCUCCAAUUGGCCUUGGGCAUGGGUGGACUGGCCUAUUAUACCCUGGGAGUGACCUACAUUGAUGAUAACUCGUUAUCAGAGGACAGUCCAGCAGUUAUUGGUGUCACAUUGGCGGCUAGAGCAUUUGGCCAACAAGCAGGAUCCUUUCUGGUCUUGGGUGUGGGCCUAAUCAAUAUAGGCUGGUGGCUGGGAUGGAUUAUUCUGGCACCGCUUAUCUUUGUGGGUGCCGUGCUGGUUGGUCUCUUUCCGAAACGUUUGCCCAAGACGGUUAUCCAUCAGGCAGCCCAGAGAAUCAUGGAGCAAUCGAAUAUGCGAGGAUUUGGUAGUCAGUUUUCCACUUAUCUCGAUGAUACCGAUUUCUGGCCCUCGCUGAAGCGUCUAUUCAACAAUCGUCUGCUGAUGGUCAAUCUGCUGAGCAUAAUGUGUGUCCAGAGUGCCAUAUCGAAUUUCAGUUUGCAGGAGGAGAGUUAUCUGCAGAGUCGUUUCUAUCUGCCAUUCAACGAACAGGACGGCCUUACUCAGGAAUGGCGCUCCGCUUUUGUCUCGUAUUUCCUGCGUCCUCCCGUUAUGGCUGUGGGCAUGCUGAUUGGUGGCCUGGUGAUUGCCAAGGCUCAACUCUCCGCCCGUACCAUUACGGGCAUAAACAUGGGCUUGGGUCUGCAUCUGGUGGCCAUUUUUGUGGGCUACAUCUUUCUCAAUUGCGAUGUGGGAGCCAUUGCUGGAGUAGUCGGCGGCAAGCUGAGUCAACCCUAUUGCUCCACCCAGUGUUUGUGCACGCCCACGGCCUUUAUGCCUGUUUGUCCGGAGAAUAGUAGCAUCACCUAUUUCUCGCCCUGUUAUGCUGGCUGCACCAAACAGACUUCCAUCAACAGCUUCUCCAUCUACGAGGGAUGCACCUGCAAUGGCAAUCAGACGAUGAAUACCAGCGGUGCGGUCAGAGCAACUGCCGGAGCCUGUAGCUCAGAGAUCUGUGAUCAAGCGAUUAUCUUCUUUCAAAUCUUGAGUGUAUCUGCUGCUUUUCUGGUGGGCGUAUCGGCAGUGGGCAAGACCUUGAUCACCCUGAGAGCUGUUCUGCCACAGGAUAAAACCUUGGCCUUGGCUUUCGAGGUAAUGAUUGUGGGUCUGUUUGCCUAUAUACCCGUGCACUUGAGCUACGAUUUGGUGACAAGGAGCACUUGCGUCUAUUGGGCACCCAAUUAUGAACGUUGUCUGCUGCGAGAGACACCGAAACAUGGCAAUAUAUUGGACAUACUAACCGCUAGCUUAAUUCUUGCUGGAGUUCUCCUAGACAUCUUGGUCUUUAUCUUUGCCAAGGGACUGAACCUUUACAAUUGCAAAGUCACGGACAAUAAUUACACACCGUCUCUGUAUGCCGCAGUGCCACAUGAAGAUACCACAGCCACGACUUCUGUGUCGGCCCCACCAGGAUAUGGCGGUGGUGCGGCAACAACAGAAGCCACCAGUUCCCCCAUGCAGCGACGCGAUGCACCCGAACCGCGCUCUGAAAUCAGCGUGUUCCGCAAUCCCAGCUCAAUCACCACAUCCUCGGGUAACGCCAGCAUUGUCGAGCCCAAUGGCAGUGGUGUGACCUAUGCCCAGGUGAUAUUCCCGCCCGACAAGAAGAAACCAAAUGACGGCAGUUCGAGUCCUAAGCGUUUGGCAGUGCCUGCCGAUGUGCCAGUUCAUCAUCUAUCCGAGACAGAUGUUCGCGCCCAGUUGGGUAACCUGAGGUCAUUUAAUCCCACCGCCAACGCCACAAAACCUGGCGAGGACGAGGGCCGCGAUGAGCUAGAUGUGAACCAACGCCAACCCGUUGUGGUCAGUCAGCCACAAGCGAGACCACAGAGUCCCGAUGAGAGGCCACAAAGUCCCGAAACGGAUUUCUAGGCCCCAAAAGGACACACCAAAGAGUAUUCUAAUUGUUUUUUUAAAUACAAUCCUUAAUAUAGUCUAAGUUGAAUCCUGCGAUUGUGAACAAAUAUAUUUUAACUUUUUUGACUUA